AAAUAAAAAAAUGGAAACCGGAGGCAGCGAGGAGAGAUGGAGAGGGGCCGUAACGAAUUUGACGGAGAUGGCAUCAAAUCUCGAAUCCCUUCACAAAUUACUCAUCAAAAAAGCUGUUUUUGUUGAUGAUGAAUCUUUUGCCAAGGCGUCUCUCACUUCUGAACAAGCCCGUACCAUUAAGGUUCUUGAACAAAGGGUAGAGACAUUGGAAAGAGAACUUGAUGCUGCCAUUUCUGCUGCUGCUCGUGCCCGUGCAGAAAAGCGACAGGCUGAGGCCGCACAGAAGGCUGCUGAAUUACGUCAACAAGAAAUCACCAAAGAACUUGAGAACACCACGAAGGUUUUUGAGCUGCAUAUGGAAGAGUUGCGUGCUAAGCAAGAUGAAAUAUCCAAGCGUGAUAAUGAUAUUAAACUGCUGGAAGCUAUAAUUCGCACACUUGGGGGCAAAGAAUCACACUCUACAAGUGGGUAACGCUCUCUUUCUAAUCGUUGCUAUUUUCAUGUAUUGUAUUUUAACGAGUGGACUAAAAUAGGGUUGUAAAGUGUUGAGCGAGUCUACUUGUAUACAAAUUCUUCCAUUCCUCAAAAUAAGCUUAUUACUAAAAUGAGUUCUGUUUUA